AUGGUCAAGAUCGCAAUUGCAGGUGGUGGCGGAAGUCUUGGACAGGAGGUCAUUGAUGUCCUAGUCGCUACCAAGAAGCAUGAUGUUACAAUCCUCUCGCGUCGAGACGCUCCGACCGAGAAGAGCGACUCCGCUGUAACCUGGGCCAAGACAAACUACUCCGUGGACGAACUCACAAACAUCUUGCAAGGCGUCAAUGUUGUCAUAUCGUUCUUCGCUCCAUCUAACGAUCAGGCUGAAGCUGAGAAAGCUCAGAAAGCUCUUAUCGAUGCGUCCAUCAAGGCUGGUGUAAAACGUUUCGCACCCAGCGAGUGGGUUACAAAGGGCGGGUAUGAGAACAUGGCCUCGUACGCCUACAAAGCAAAGACACGCCAGUACCUCGAGGACAUCAACAAGGAUGGAACAGUUCUUGAAUAUUGUCUAUUCCAACCUGGGCUCUUCUGCAAUUACCUCACUCUUCCUUAUCAAACCUCCAAACACAUCGUACCGAUUGAGAUGGUCUUUGACUUUCAAAACCGAAGAGCACUCAUACGAGACGGCGGCGAAGACGACCACAUAGCCUUCACGACGGUUCAAGAUGUUGCAAAUGUAGUUGCUCGCGCUGUUGAGUUCGAGGGCAAAUGGCCUGUUGAGGGUGGUAUGCGGGGUUCUAGGCUGUCUGUUCGCGAAGUCAUUGCUAUUGGAGAAAAGAUACGUGGAGGACGCUUUGAUGUUGAAGCACUGAAGAUGGAGGAUCUCCGAAGCGGAGACUAUACCAGCUCAUGGCUUCCCUUCCCUGGGCACCCUUCAAUCGCACCUGAAGAUAAGAAAGCGGCAGCGAAGAUGAUUACAUCUGGGAUGUUGACGAUGAUCGGAACACAAUCUUUUGAUUGCGGCGACGAGUGGAACCGUCUUCUGCCAGACUACAAGUUCACGGCUGCGGAGGAUUUCUGGGCGCAUGUAUGGAAAGAGGGUAAUUGGUAG